AUGGCGGUGCCCCAGCCCGCUUCCAUCCCCAUCCCCCAAGACGAGCAACAAAACUCGAGCAGCCUGUCCUCGUCUCCCCGCCAAUUUCCCACCGAUCUUACUUCUCCCAUCCUCGAAGAAGCCGAUGAGUCCGAAAGCGAGUCUCCGAAUGAACCUGUGACCCCCAUUAGCAGCGGGAGACAAUCCCAAGAGUUUACCACCCGCCCCAGUCAGGACCAUCACGACAUCAAUCUCACCGCUACCCAUCAGGUGCAGACCACUCCGAAACCUCUCCUGGUCGACACCGCACCCACCCCCUCGGUUUCGCCUGCAAAGUCGGACCUCACACCCAAAGCUACCGCUACUAACCCUUCAACUGCGGCCGAAUCUUCUGCUGACCAAGAACCGCCACCAACUCCGCUGUCAAGACGGCCCACCCGCGGCUCUACUUCAAGCUUUAAGCGGACCAUGUCCAGCAUCUUUCGACGAUCCAACUCGUCCCAAAACAGGCCUGAUCUCGGAUUCACCUUGGACCAGUCCAACGACGUCUCUUCCGAGAGUGCAUUGAUUGACACGGCACCCUCAAACCGUAGACGAUUCUCGAUGAACAAGUCACACACCACCACGAGGUCUAACUCGCCUCCGUCGCCAGGUUCUCCUGUCGACACCAUUUCUUCCUAUAAGCAGUCUUCGCACAUGCCUACUCAAGAUGACUUCAAGAAGAAGAACAGGGCUUCUACCGGCCUUAACCUUCGAGGACGCGCUGUCAACUUCGUCGGCGCCAAUGUUCCCGGACGUGAAAAGCACGCCGAGAAGGUGAAGCCUGUCUUGGGCAGAAGGCGAGCUAGCAGCUUCGAGGGCCGCGUGAAGAGCCGUCAUCUAGCGGCCGCGCCCAAUCCUCAUUCCGACAACCCUGUUCUUCCCUUGGAGGGUUCGUCUCCCUGGGCUCAGAUGCCUGACGCUGGUGUUGGUGUCAAGGCUCGUCGCAUGAGCUUGAGUCUCCCGGACGACUUCCAAGUCGAUGUCGCCGACCUCCUUGCGGAAUUUGAGUAUCUAUCCAAAUUUGGUCGCCACGGCAAACAUCUCGGAAAGGGUGCUACUUCCAAGGUCACUAUGAUGAGCCGAAAGGGGUGCCCCAACGAGCUUUAUGCGGUCAAGGAGUUCAGAGCCAAGAGAAAGCAAGAGACCCAGGAAGAGUACGAGAAGAAGAUCAAGUCCGAGUACAGCAUCGCCAAGAGCUUGCACCACCCCAACGUUGUCGAGACGAUCCGGCUGUGCACCGACCAUGGUCGUUGGAACCACAUUAUGGAGUAUUGCUCGGAGGGCGAUCUCUUUGGAUUGAUUGCGAAGAAGUACCUUCAAGAUUCGGCGAGACUGCCUGAUCGCCUCUGCCUGUUCAAGCAACUUGUCCAGGGAAUCAACUACCUGCACAGCAACGGUAUCGCCCACCGCGACAUCAAACUUGAGAACCUUCUCAUCACCAAAGACAGCAAGCUCAAGAUCACCGACUUUGGUGUCUCAGAAGUCUUCACUGGCCACCACCCAGGCUUCAGAGAAGCCGGCGGCCAGUGUGGCAAGGGCAUGUGCUCCGAAAUCCGCCUGUGCAAGCCUGGCAUGUGUGGCAGCGAGCCAUACACCGCACCUGAGGUGCUCCUGAAGGAGACUGAGUAUGACCCGCGAGGUCUCGAUGUGUGGAGCGCGGCGAUUGUCAUGAUUUACGUGACUUUCGGAGGAAAUAUCUGGAGUAGAGCUGAGGUCCAUGGAAACCCUCAGUACGCUGAGCUGCUCAAGGGAUGGCAGAAGUGGGAAGCAAAGCACCCUGAGCCCGGAUCGCGCAUUACCGAGUCGGACUACCCAUUCUUCAAUGCGUUUGAUGGCUUCGUCUCCCCGCCAGCACUCCGCCGUGUGCUACUCUCAAUGCUCAACCCCAACCCCGCAAAGCGCGCCACUAUCUCGGAAAUCGCCAACCACCGCUGGGUCAAGAACAUUGAGUGCUGCCAGCUUGAGAACUACGACGACCCAGCUCUUCUCAUUGACGCUACCAAGAAGGGCAGUGCACAGCUCAACACCAAGAGAGUGUUCUGCCACAACCAUCUGCCAUUGGAGAGCCACGGCCACUCACUUGGAAAGAUGCCGGGCCAGUCGGGCUAUUGA